AUGGCUACACUAAUACCACCACCUUCUAAAAAGCAGAAGAAGCAGGCCCAGCAGCCUCGCGAAGUCGAGGUCGUUCCGAUCGAUUUGCCGCACGUUUUGGUCAAAUUUCAAGCUUUCGACACCGGAGAGAACGUUGGAGGGUCUUUGCGAGUGCCUGGAGGCACAACCGAGCAACAGCUCGAGCAGCUAUUGAACCAGCUGCAAGGCGAAUCCGCAGACCCCGUUCCAUACACAUUUAGCUGUCUCGUCAGCGAUGGCAAGGGCAAACCAGAGCAAGCUGUAGAUAUCAAGGACAACAUAUACAGCUCAUUACUCAAACCAGGGCAUAAAACUACUGAAGAUUUCCUUACAAUCGUGUUUACCCCGCGUGCUAUUUUCAAGGUUCGCCCCGUCACGAGAAGCUCGUCAGCCAUCGCGGGCCAUGGCUCCACGAUUUUAUGCUCUGCAUUUGCACCUAACACGAGUGCACGUAUGGUGACUGGAUCUGGUGACAACACCGCCAGAAUCUGGGAUUGCAAUACAAGUACACCAAUGUUCACUCUAAAGGGCCACCAUAACUGGGUGCUUUGCGUUGCAUGGUCGCCAGACGGCGAACUGAUCGCCACGGGAUCUAUGGAUAACACCAUCAGGCUAUGGGACGCGAAAAAGGGCGAGAGCUGUGGAGAUGCUUUGAAAGGACACUCCAAGUGGAUUACGUCGCUAGCUUGGGAGCCAGUACAUCUUGUGAGGCCAGGUGACAAGCCCAAGCUCGCCUCUGCUUCGAAAGACGGCACAAUCAAGAUCUGGGACACGACAAGGCGUGUGUGUCUUAUGACUCUAAGCGGCCAUACGAACUCUGUUUCGUGUGUCAAAUGGGGCGGACGCAAUGUACUAUACAGCGGUUCCCACGACAAGACCAUUAGAGCCUGGGAUAUGAAUGUCUCGGGCAAAUGCAUAAACAUUCUCAAGUCCCACGCGCAUUGGAUUAAUCAUCUAUCGCUCUCUACCGACUACGCUCUACGAGUGGGUGCCUUUGACCAUACAGGCCAACAACCGGCGUCUGCCGAAGAAGCCCAAAAGAAAGCAUUGCAGAACUACGAGAAAAUCGCCAAGAAGGGAGGACAGCUUGAAGAGAUCAUGGUCACUGCCAGUGACGAUUUUACCAUGUACUUGUGGGACCCAUUAAAGUCAACAAAACCAAUUACGAGGAUGACGGGCCAUCAAAAGCUAGUGAACCACGUUGCAUUUUCUCCGGAUGGCAGAUACAUUGUUUCUGCUUCGUUUGACAAUUCGAUCAAACUCUGGGACGGUAGAAACGGUAAUUUCGUCACCACCUUCAGGGGCCAUGUGGCCAGUGUUUAUCAAGUAGCCUGGUCCUCCGAUUGCAGGCUUUUGGUUUCGUGUUCCAAAGACACUACUCUUAAAGUAUGGGAUGUCAGAACUAAAAAACUUUCGGUCGACCUUCCGGGCCACAACGACGAAGUAUACACUGUCGACUGGAGUGUUGACGGGAAGCGGGUGUGCAGUGCGGGCAAAGACAAAAUGGUCAGACUCUGGACCCAUUAA